AUGUUCCUUCGAAGUCUCGGAAGCGCCUGUCGCCGCCAGGCCGCGUGUCGUUUCAGCACGUGGCCCCAGCGUCUCAACGAGCUCAAGACGAUUCCCCAAACGUACGAACAGGAAAAAGUCGUCCUCGACGAAAUCAACAAGAACCUUCCUGAGCGAGACAUCGCAUCGGCCUCCAGACUCAGAAACAUUGGUAUUUCCGCUCACAUCGACUCGGGCAAAACCACCUUCACGGAGCGUGUUCUUUUCUACACGGGCCGGAUCAAGGCGAUCCACGAGGUCCGGGGAAAAGACGCCGUGGGAGCGAAAAUGGACCACAUGGACCUCGAGAGAGAAAAGGGCAUCACCAUCCAGUCAGCCGCCACGUACUGCUCGUGGGACAAGGACAACAAGCCGUACCACUUCAACUUGAUCGACACGCCGGGCCACAUCGACUUCACCAUCGAGGUGGAGCGUGCGUUGCGUGUUUUGGACGGAGCGGUUUUGGUGGUUUGUGCUGUUUCCGGUGUUCAGUCCCAGACGGUCACGGUGGACCGCCAGAUGCGCCGUUACAACGUGCCACGUGUCACCUUCAUCAACAAAAUGGACAGAAUGGGCGCCAACCCGUGGCGGGCGAUUGAGCAGAUCAACGCCAAGUUGAAGACUCCAGCUGCGGCGAUCCAGGUGCCUAUUGGUGCCGAGGAGGAGCUCAAGGGCGCCGUGAACAUCAUCGACAGGGUGGCGCUCUACUACGAGGGCUCCCAGGGCGAAAUUAUCCGGGAGGCCGAGGUUCCAGCGGAUUUGGCGGAUUUGGUGGAGGAGAAGAGAGCCACUUUGAUCGAGACCUUGGCGGACGUGGACGAGGAAAUCGCCGAUUUGUACCUUGAAGGCGAGGAGCCGCUGACGGAGCAGAUCAAGCAGGCGAUCCGCCGGGCGACGAUUGCGAGAAAAUUCACCCCAGUGCUUAUGGGCUCUGCUUUGGCCAAUAAGGGCAUCCAGUCUGUUUUGGACGCUGUUGUAGACUACCUUCCGCAGCCCAACGAGGUGCUCAACACGGGCCUUGAGCUUGUGGACGGCGAGGAGCAGCCCAUCAACCUUGUUCCUUCUUCUGCAGAGGCUUUUGUCGGUUUGGCUUUCAAGCUCGAGGAGGGCCGUUACGGACAACUUACGUAUAUUCGUGUGUACCAGGGCCGUCUCAAGAAGGGCGCUUUUAUCAACCACUUGAAGUCCGGCAAGAGGGUCAAGGUUUCCCGUUUGGUAAGAAUGCACUCCAACGACAUGGAGGAUGUGGACGAAGUUGGAGCUGGUGAGAUUUGUGCUACUUUCGGCGUGGACUGUGCUUCUGGAGACACCUUUAUUGGGCAGAAUCUGGACCGCCACAUCACCAUGAGCUCGAUGUUUGUGCCUGAAGCGGUGAUUUCGCUUUCGUUGACGCCCAAGGGUAAAGAAACCGCCCAGUUCUCCAAGGCCAUCAACAGGUUCCAGAAGGAGGACCCCACGUUCCGUGUGCACUUUGACGCCGACUCCAAGGAGACGAUUAUUUCCGGAAUGGGCGAGCUCCACCUUGAAAUUUACGUUGAGAGAAUGAGAAGAGAGUACGGCGUCGACUGUGUUACCGGAAAGCCCCAGGUCACCUACAGAGAGACCAUCACCACGCCUACCACCUACGACUACACCCACAAAAAACAGUCUGGAGGUGCUGGUCAGUACGGUCGUAUCAUGGGAGACAUGAAGCCUUUGGAAAAGAACGAAUGUACUCACCACGUUGUGGGCGGCAAGAUUUCCGAAAAGUACCUCGCUGCCUGUGUCAAGGCCUUCGACGACUGCUUGGAAAAGGGUCCUUUGAUCGGCCACAGGGUCAUGGGUGUGGGAAUGCACAUCAACGAUGGUCAGACUCACGUGGUGGAUUCUUCUGAGUUGGCUUUCCGUUUGGCCACUUACGGUGCGUUCAAGCAGGCCUUCCUCAACUGUAACCCUGUGAUCAUGGAGCCCAUUAUGUCUGUGGAGGUGACUGCUCCCAUUGAGGCUCAGGGUCCCGUUGUGGGUUUGAUCAACAAGUUGGGUGGUAUUAUCACCGAAACUGCUAAUACCCAGGACGAGGUGACCUUGACGGCGGAGUGUUCGUUGCACUCGAUGUUUGGUUUUUCUUCGAGUUUGAGAGCCAUGACCCAGGGUAAGGGUGAGUUCACGAUGGAGUUUUUGAAGUACGCCCAGACGUCGCCGCAGUUGCAGAGGGAGUUGAUUGCGGAGGCCGAGAAGGAGAGAAAGAAGAAAUAA